CUUCUCCUCUCUUAGCCUUAAAAACUGAAAUAAAAAGUUUUUCCCCAAAAAAAAAAAAAAAAAAAAAAGGAAAAGAUUAUAUACGAUAAAAUAAUUAGUACUAUAUUAUAGAUAGAGAGAUUGAAAGAUUAAAAAAUAAAAAUAAUAAUAAAAAAAGUAAAACAGUGGAAGUAGUGUCUCUUUGGCUUUGGUGAUCGAGUUUGGGCGAGCGACCAUGUAGAUCUUCUUCAUCAGAGAGAGAGAGCGAGAGACAGAGACAGAGAAAGAAAAAGAGACUGAGAAGAAAAAAAUAAAAUAAAUUAGGGAAAUGGAAUUCGACGAACACGAAGAACAAGAUGAGGAAAUGGAGAUUCCGAUUGCUCCUCCAGGCUACGACUCGCUCGGAAACACCGCCACGAGGACCACCAAAAUCGGAGGAGGAGAAGGAGAAGGCGUUUCAUCGACGAGGAAAAGCUCGACGGCCACCACCGGAAUCAGGUACAGAGAGUGCCUGAAGAACCAUGCCGUCGGAAUCGGCGGCCACGCGGUCGACGGUUGCGGCGAGUUCAUGGCUGCCGGAGAAGAAGGCACUCUGGACGCUCUCAAAUGCGCGGCCUGCAACUGCCACCGGAAUUUCCACCGGAAAGAAACCGAAAGCGGAGAUCAAAGCGGUUAUCAACUCCAACUCCACCACCACCACCACCACCAUCCUCAGCAGUUUUCAUCCUACUAUCGGUCUCCACCACCACCGUCUGGAUACCUCCAUCUGACUCCGGCGCACCAGCACCAUCAUCGGCCGCUGGCCCUGCCGGCGGCUUCGGGAGGCGGCGGAGGUGGUGGAAACAGUAGGGAAGAAGGAGAGGACGUUUCGAAUCCAAGCAGCAGCGGUGGCGGAGGCGGAAGCGGAUUGAAGAAGAGGUUUCGGACGAAAUUCACGCAGGAGCAGAAGGAUAACAUGCUGAAAUUUUCGGAGAAGUUGGGAUGGAGGAUUCAGAAGCACGAUGAAGCUGCUGUGGAGCAGUUCUGCGCUGAGACUUGUGUGAGUAGGCAAGUUCUUAAAGUUUGGAUGCACAACAAUAAGAACACUCUUGGUAAGAAACCCUAACAUUUUGGGACAUUUUUACUGCUCUACUUAAUUUAACUUUUUUUUUUUUUUUCCCCAAAAACCAUUUGCCAUUCCCAUCAAACUACUUGUUAGUUUACCCAAAACAAAAGAAAAAAUGGUGAAAAAAAAAAAUUGCCAUUACUCAGCAAGGUUUUAGAAAUGGGAGUGUAGAAGGAAAAAAAAAAGAAAAAAAAAGAGGAAACAUUGUACUGGGAAUUUACAUCGGUACUACUUGGUGAUCUAACUAGGGUUCUUACUUCUUCUUCUUCUUUAUUUAUUAGUAUUAUUAUAUUUUAUUUUAUUUUCACUUUAGGACUUUUCUAUUUUUUUCGCUUCUUUUGGAAUUAGAUUUUUAAUUUAUUGUUCGUUUUUAGGUUUAUUUUUAUGUUAUUAUGAAUGUAGGAUGGGUCAUUUCGCCUUUUUUUCUUUUUCUUUUUCUGACUUGCAGUCUUUGAUUUGAUUUAGAGAGCUUGAUAUUAAACCUAGCUAUAUAUUUUAGUUUCAAAUGCAUAGUUCUAUAUAUAAUUGUUUUUGUCUUUCAAACCCAAAAUUGCACCACAAGUAUAAUUCAUUCAUCAUUCAUCGUAGUUAUCUAAUCUACACCCUAAUUAAAGAUGAACAAAAAUGUUUAAUCAAACGAAUAAAUUAGUUCGUGCAAAGCUGCAUUGUAUUUUAUGUUUAUAAUUUGGUUUUUAAUUUUAACAUUUUCAUUAUUUGCCAAUUUCUCUGCCUUAUCUUUUAUUUUUAUUUUUUCCAUAUCAUCACCGCUUUAGCUUUUACGAUGCUUUCUCUCUCAUAUUGAAUUUACUCACCCCUCCAUUAACGUUCUGGAGAGUUCCAUAUUGGAGAUUAUUAAUGAAACCUCAAAAUCCCAUAGAGAUGGUAGAGAGAGAGGACAAAUGUGAUUUCUUUCAGUUAAGGAAUUGGGGACAUGAGUCUCAAGUAUAUUGACUUUCAUUCAUCAUGUUAAUUUGUGUGGAUUUUUUU